GUCAGUGUUGACAGAGCUCAGUGGAGAGAAGACAGAGCAGAGAUCAGAUUCGCCAAGCUCUCAUUCUCGGCUCUGCUUCACACAUAAGACAUCAAGUGAAAAUGGGAGAGGAAUACUAUGACUACAAUGACCAUGAGAACUACAGCCACAACUUCAGCUAUGAAGAUUAUCAUACCGUUUGUGAGAAGAGUGAUGUUCGUUCCUUUGCAAGUAUAUUCGUGCCGGCGGUGUACAGCAUCUCUUUGGUGCUCGGAAUAGCGGGAAAUGCUCUCGUAUUGGCCGUAUAUGCGUAUCACAAGCGCCUGAAGACGCUGACAGACACGUUUAUUGUUCAUCUAGCUGUGGCUGACCUGUUGCUUCUCCUAACCCUGCCUUUCUGGGCGGCUGCUGCCGUCCAUGGCUGGAACUUGGGCGAAGUUCUUUGCAAGCUUGUGUCUGCCAUGUACACCAUCAAUUUCACUUGCAGCAUGAUGCUCUUGGCCUGCAUCAGCAUGGAUCAGUACCUGGCUUUAAUACCAGGGGCAAGGGAACGGGGCCUGGGUUUAAUUUACAGGCGAAAACACUCUGUCAAAAUCUCUCUGGUGGUGUGGGCCUUUGCUUUCUCCCUUGGUAUCCCAGAUUUGGUCUUUUCCUCUGUUAUGGAGUUUUCGUCUGCCAGGAAGAUCUGCAUGCCAAUGUAUCCAUCACACAUGUUCCAUCAAGCCAAGACUAGCUUGGAAGUGAUGGAGAUGCUGCUAGGUUUCCUGCUCCCACUACUGGUAAUGCUGUUCUGCUACUACCGUGUGGUGAAGGUCCUUCGGGGAUUCCCACUGGAGAGGAGAGGGAGGAAAUGGAAAGCUAUCCGUGUGUUGCUGGUCAUGGUAGGAGUCUUUUUGGUCACCCAGCUGCCAUACAACGUGGUGAAGUUCUGUCGGGCAGUGGACACAAUGUACACGCUGAUUACUCACUGCGGUGUGAGCAAAGGUCUGGAUCGGGCCAGCCAAGUUACUGAGGGCCUGGCCCUGAUCCACUGCUGCCUAAACCCAAUCCUGUAUGCUUUUGUUGGAUCCUCAUUCAGACAACACUUAAUGAAGUUCGCCAAGGAAUUUGGAGAGAGGAAGAGAAGAACCCUGGCACAGAGAGAGGAAAUAGGAAUGGAAACCUCCUUGAACUCCCAGGCAAACUCAGAAGAGACAAGUACAUUCUCCAUAUGAGUCAAAGUGAGAGAAAGAGAAGACAUACGUAAGGAUAUAUGUUUGCACUUUCAGAGCAGUGUUGCUACUCUGUGCGUGACUGCACUCACCACUUAGAGCAAAAUGCUUGUGUUAUCUCCUUAAAUCUCCAAGAUGAUAAUAUUCCAACACUCAAAACAUAGGGGGGUACUGUUACAUCUUUUUUUUUUCUUGUAUUAUUGGAAAGUUAUUGCAUCGUUAUUCAUUAUCGAAAGUGUUUUUAUGUCCUUUGGACUCAGCGUCAUGGUAAAAGAAAGCGUCUCACCUAAUUGGGAUUACAUUAUGAUAGUAUCGUGUUUUAUGUUUCACAGUAAACCAGAGGUAAAAGAGGUGAUGUCACGUCCAGGGAUGAAACCUUAUGCCACGCUAAGGCAGAAAGUUAUUGAGCGUUCAGUGGUCAAAGUAUUAAAAGCUCAACUGGCGCACACAAGACACAGCAUGAAAGCUUGAGUGGUUUCCUUUCACACAAGCCUUAUCUAUUUCAUAAGUUUAUCUAGCCGUUUUAUAACAGUGUUGACAGCACUUUGUUAAUGCCUGGACUUUUGAUCACUAAAUUUACUAGACGUUGCCAGCAGUGUUUUGCUUAAGUGCAGCAGCAACUUUUGGUGCGUCUCUAAGCAGCUCUCAUAACUUUUCUAGAAGACAUUGAAGUGUGUUCUGAUUGAUAAUGUAAUUAAAAUGUUUCACUUUUUUCGCUGCAUGUUACAGGAGAAAAUGGAAUAAAAAAAAAAGAAGUACCACUAUAGGCCUUUUACGUAGCCUCCGUGGCUUGGUGGCUCGGGAAUUCGAGCCUGGCUGAGCCACGGUUGACGUCAGCAAGGGCACGUGGUCGAGUAAAGAGCUACACUGCCACAUCCAAAGUCCCUGCAACGGGCACUGCCCUAGCCUCUAUACGAAAAAAGGGGAGUCCAUGGCAUGAAACAGGAACAGGAACUGUAGCCCUUUUCCAAGUAAAUGUACUGAUCUUGCGGUUAUGACUAACGGUAAAAUGAACUUACUCAACUUAGAAAUACUGGCACAGCAUGGAAAAUCAUCCACGAUGUAUAUAAUUGGGGGGGGGGGGGUUGUUUGUGAUUAUUCAGGUGCAAUAGGCAAAUAAUCACAUAUGUACAAACACAUGUUCAAAUCGGAAGUGUAACUUAUUAGGCAAUCACAUAAAUUUGGCACUGUUUGGUUGCCUGAUUCUUACCAUGUGACAAAAAGAGCCUGUUUAGGCAUUGCUAUCAUGGCAGAUUAUAUGACUCUCACUCUUUCUGAGGAGGGUUUCUGGAAAUGUGCUAGAUUGUUCUUUUGUUUACAGUAUAUUCUUACCAGGCCUGUAUAUACAAGCUGUAAUGAAUGAUCUCAUUAAACUGGUCAUUUGGUGGCCAUACUUUGUUAAGUGCAAGGCAGAUUCAUCCAUGUUAUUACAAAGCUCAGCCAGCUUCACAAGAGAUUUUUUUAAAAAAUUAUAUGUAUCAUUUUUAUAUGAAAAUAAACUGUGGAAAAACAUGGAUAACUA